AUGGCUUCCAAUCCGAUGGGCGCCACUGGAGGUACUGCCCCUCAAAGUGUUGAACACAUUACACGGAUAGCACAGAACUACGAGUACAACUCUUCUGUUCCAUUGCGAUAUUGGCUAAGGACCGCCGCGACGCUUUUACGUGAGGCCCACAUCUACGAACGCGAAGGACAUGAUGAGCAAGCCUACCUUAUUCUAUUUCGACAUGCUCAGUUGAUCCUGGUCCAUCUUUCCAAGCACCCCGAUACCAAAAAGAACGCGGAAGACCGCAAGGCCUUGGUGGCAGCUGAAAAAGAGGUUGAGAAAAACCUUAGCAAGCUGGAAAUCCUGAGACCGCGUAUCAAUAAGCGAUAUGAGCGCUAUACUCAGUUGAUGCGGGAGCGUGAAUCUCGAAAACAACCUUCACGAGCCAACAUCGUUGCUGAGCCACGAGAGCAAGUCCCGGAUCCCGCUCUAUCAGGCGUUGCAGAGCCUUUGGAAGCUGGAGCGAAUCGAGAUCUCGCUGUGCAGUUAGCUAGAUCAGAGCUCAAUCGCCGAGCCACCGUUCGAGGCUCAAACGGUCUUUCGGGGCCAUCUGCCGAAGAGCUGGAAAGUCGUCGCGCAGCUGGCGUAUGGGGUGACUGGGACCAUUCUCUUAAAUCGGAUCCGAACUCUGAUGAUCGCGACCUGGGCCGACGUGCUGAAAACAUUAGGUCCGAUUUCGAUCACACAGAUCAAUUUUAUGGCCAACGUCCCAAAGAUUCAGAGGUUCCUUUGUCAGCCACUUCUGCGUACAAUUAUCCAACUGUGCCACGUCAAAAGCCUUUGGAGCCCACUACAUCUCCAGGACAAAUUGCUAUCCUCGACAAGAACGCCGAACGCCAUGCGCCCCCGAUAUUGCCUCCGAAAGAGCAUCUUGAGCCUAGCCGCGCAUCUAUUGUCGGUGAUUCUGCAACACCUGUAGCGCCUUCGCGGCCGGCGAAGAUAUCCCCAGCUCCGGUCCUGCCUGCAAAAAUCAAAUCCGAAGAAAAAACGCGUCCAGGGCUGGAUCCGUCGAGUUACACCUUCAAACCUUCGGCCUAUCUCGAAAACGGCACCCCUUUGCGCUCGGUGUUUUUGCCAGCGAAUCUCCGAUCCCGCUUCUUAUCUCUGGCUGCUCCUAACACUCGCGCCAACCUCGAGACAUGCGGUAUCCUGUGUGGUACCCUCGUUUCCAACGCCCUUUUCAUAUCAAAACUUGUCAUUCCCGAGCAAACGUCAACAUCAGACACCUGCGAGACGGUUAAUGAGUCGGCCCUUUUCGAUUACUGUGACUCCGAGGAUUUGAUGACGCUCGGCUGGAUCCACACACAUCCGUCACAGACCUGUUUCAUGAGCUCCCGUGAUCUACACACACACUGCGGUUACCAAGUGAUGCUACCCGAAAGCAUUGCCAUCGUGUGCGCUCCAAGCAAAACCCCCGAUUGGGGCGUAUUUCGACUGACUGAUCCUCCGGGUUUAACGACGGUUCUAAACUGCAGCCAGACUGGCCUGUUCCAUCCACACGCUGAGGAAAAUAUCUACACAGGGGCUUUGCGACCAGGACAUGUUUUCGAAGCCAGUGGAUUAGACUUUGAGACUGUGGAUCUUCGUCCGGGUGCUUUACAGAACUAG